AUGACUUAUACGGCCUUGAUGAGGAUGAGGCAAGGAAGAGAAGAAUCGCUUAAAGGAUUCAUGGAGAGGUUUAACCGAACGACGCGACAAGUACGCAAUAUCGAUCAAAGGUUGAUAGUCAACGCCCUAACUUCUACUUUGAGGCCCGGACCAUUCGUGGAUUACCUAUACGCCGAAGAGCCGCAAACUAUGGCUGAAUUACAGCAUAAGCUGACGAGUUUUAUUCGAAUAGAAGAAGGAAGAGCGUACCACAAAGGGCAAGAAGUUGAACCGAGAGGACAGGUAAAAAGGGAGAAUGUGAAUCGGAGAGUACAUAGAAUGGAAGAGGGACCAAACGGGCAGCGAAGAAUGGAUCAAUCCCGAAUCCUGCAGCAUACUCACCACACACCUCUCAACGCCCCUCAAGUCAGGGUGAUGGAAGAAGCUUUGAGAGCUGAUUUGUUGAAGGUAGUUUGGGCCCCUACACCUUUGGGAGCGGAUGAGAAUAAAUACUGUAGAUACCAUCAGAAUAGAGGGCACACUACUGAAGAUUGUACCACUUUGAAAGAUAAAUUAGAAAAUCUAAUUCAAGCUGGACAUUUGCAAAAAUUUGUACAGUGCUAUCAAACGCGAGCACCGAACGUGACGAAUUACAAAAGAGAUAGGAGGAGUAGACAGGAUCGGAGUAGAAGUAGAAGUCGAAGCAGAGAAAGGGUGACUAGGGGAGUUAUAAACACCAUUUCUGGUGGGUUCGCAGGAGGAGGCCCAUCGGUAUCUGCUCGCAAAAGACAUUUAAGAGGUUUGCAUCAUGUGAACCAAGCAGGAGUAGAUCGGAAAUCAAUGCCUGUGAUUUCCUUCUCAGAUGAAGAUUUUCAUGCUCCAGAUCCCGAUCAGGAUGACCCGAUGGUGAUAGUAGCCAUGAUUGCACGAUACCAGGUGGGGAAAGUUUUAAUUGACCAAGGAAGCUCGGCCAAUAUUCUAUACUGGAAAACCUUUCAACAGAUGGAUAUACCAGAAGGAGUCGUUCGACCCUUUCAUGAACAGAUUGUAGGCUUUGCAGGGGAGCGGGUAGACACUAGAGGUUAUGUUGAGCUUAAAGUAAGCUUGGGAUUAGAGAAAGAUGCUAAAGAGCUUUAA